AUGAAGAUUCUCUGUCUCCAUCCGUGGGGAACAUCUGCGGAGAUAUUCGAGAAGCAAAUCUCGCAUAUGUGCAAUCUUAUCGGCGAGUCUCACAAUUAUGUCUUUGUUGAUGGUCCUGUGGCUUGUGGGCCGGCAAAAGUCAAAAUAGCGAGCGACCUUGUAUGGGAUAUCAUCAAUGACGAAGGCCCUUUUGACGGAGUGAUUGGCUUCAGCCAGGGUGCUUCCCUGGCUCUGUCCAUCCUAUACCACCACGAGAUCAACCGACCCCAUCAACCACCACCGUUUCGCUUUGCGGUCUUUAUCUGCUCGGUGCUUUCGAUAUCUCCUGACCCAGAAUUCAACGCGGAUAUUAUCGCCAAGUACAGUCGGUACUACAGGUUACCUGACGAGUCAGGGCUGGAAGAUAAGGGGGAAAAUAGCAACGAAGAGGAGGAAGAGGAAGAAGAGAAGACGAGCAAGUUGAAAAAGGGUCCCAAGCAUCGUGUCCAGCUGCUGCUCCCGGGCCAAAAAAAGGCGUUAGUAAACGAUAUGGUUGGUUUCAUUCGCCAGUUGUCUGAUAACGUAGCCGAUCAGGCGACUGCCCGGAAACAAUGGACGCGGGACGAAGGCUUUCCGCGGGUCUACCAUCCUCUGGUGAACAAGCACCGCAUCUCCAUCCCCACCGUGCACCUCAUCGGUAGAUCCGAUCCUCUGCGGCGGCAGAGCGAAUUGCAAGCCAGGCUGUGCAGCAAGAGCCAAACUCGUGUCGUGGAGUUUUCCGGGGGCCACAGAGUGCCUCGGACCUCGAGCGACCUGCAGUCUGUGGCGUUUGAAAUCGAGCGGGCCAUCCGAAUGGCUCAGCUGCGGUAA